CUGCAGGAGACGAUCCCGCUACUGAGUGCCACCUUUGUCGCAAAUUUUUGCACUUUUGCGAGCCGGCUUUGAUCAAACGAUGGGCACAACACAGCGGCUUCUGAAGGCCUUCAUCGCCCUCCUCCUUCAUUGCGCAGUAUCGCUCACAAACGUUCGGCUCAUCGAAUCAAGGAGGAAUGGCAUCGUGUACUAUGCUCGGGGAUGGAAUGGUGCGAACCCAUUCAGCUAUGGCGCUGGACCUGGAGGUAGCAUAUCGCUUUCGCCUAGCGCUACCGCCCCCUUGGCGGCAGCCUACGCUGACGAUCUUGAAAAGCUGAGCGUCAGCACGCUUCCUGGUAAACAGAAUGCCGGACUUGUAACAGAUUCCAAAGGUGCAGUCGGGAAUAGGGGCGCUGGCAGGCUUGAUGACAUCAGCGGACCAUCUGUAGGCGUCUUGUCUUUGAUCAACAAACCCGGUGACUUGCCCAGGAAGACAUUUAAUUUAGGAGUAGGAAGUACACCUAAGGAAGAGAGCACGCUCCCCAAGAGUAAAGGCGGGAAUGCGUCCUCUGUCUCAAGUAUCACAUCUUCUGGAUCUGUCAAAGGCAGCUCAGAAUCCCCCAGUGGAGUAGGAACAGCAAAUUUUCUCGAGAAGACUCCUGGAACCAGUCUCAGUUCCCAUCGCGUCAAAGCACUUACGAGUGAUACCGGCUCAGACGAGGCACUCGUCUCCUCGAGAACUCCUACGCUGAUUAGCAAGACAACGCCCUCUGGAGACGUGAAAAGUCCUCACAAGGCCACUGUAAAUUUACAUCGUGAGGCAACAGUUAACGGUGACCUAGCAGCCCCUCAAGUAGGCUCUAUCACAACAGGUAGCCCGGGAUAUUUGGGAGCUUCUGAUAGUUCAGGCCCCGCCGGAACUGUAGGUACACUCAACGGGCAUGAUGGUUUUAAUCGUGGACCUGCAAUCGAAGGAGCCAUUCCUACUAAUAGCAUGAACAGGCCACCAGGAUUGCCCAGCAGGCACGAUACAUCCAUCCACGGAAACAAAUCAUCUGUCUCUGUCGUUGGUAAUACAGUAUCAACGAGUGCAGGAAAGGCUGAAAUUUCAUCUCCGGUGCCAGGACAUACAGCGGCAGCAACACUACCUUUAGAUGGAGGUGCACUUAGCUUAAGCAAAGCGGAACCUUCCGAAAGUUUAUUUGUUGACAAGACGAAAACACUGACGCAUAAAAAUGAUCACAAUGGCUUAGUCCCCACUGGAAACACAAAAAAUGGCUUGUCACUUGUAAUUUCAGAAUCACCUGCAGGUCUAGGUCCUUUAAUCUCUCCUAUUCCCGGAAAGUUUCCGGAUAUGGUUAAUAAAAGCGGUGUAGUCGGCACGGUGGCCCGCGGACAAACUUAUUCGAAACACGCAUCUGAAUCACCGGAAAAUGUACACGUAGGUAACUCCGGAAUACAUUUAGGAAAAACGAGUUCUCAUACCAUCAGUGACCAUGGGAAAAAACUACAAAACAUUAUCACUGGCAUGACAGCGUCAACAUCUAGUGCUGUAGGUCUCAGUUCAGUCGGUUUGGUUAAAAAUGAACAGGGAAAACAUGGAAUCUUGGAGACGCCACUGGAGAAAACAAGUGGUAUCUCUAAUGGUAGAGCAAGCGAAGGCCCUCAUGACUCUAGCGGGAGUAUCUCCAUUCAUAAAAGUAAUCCUCCGGACAUUAUCAUACACCCAGUAAUCCCGCCGAGUAAAGGUUCCAGAAUCAGCUAUCCUUCUGCAUUUCUAGGCAAAAAAGCCACUCUUGCAAUCGCUAAAGCUGGAGGUACCAUUCCAGAAAAACCGAGCUUGGCCAGAAAACCUGUAUCAGCAAGCGUUUCAAGUGAGAUCAUGGGGCAGAAGUCUGAGUAUAAAAGCGAGCGUGGCUCUUUCGGCUAUGGCAAUCGUCCAAGUGGCUUGAAUGCUCACGCCUCACUACCACCGUUAGUAUUAAGCGGUUCGGCAAAUUUGCGUAGGCCUGGAACGUUCCAGUUCAGUGGAUCUCGAAGUGUGCUUCACCAGCUGUCCAGCACGCACGAAGCGGCUAAAGCCGCAGAAGGUUUGGCUGAUGCCACCACAAAACAGCACAUUAGAAAUAAUCGGGCUUAUGGUUCGUUCAUGGAUACAAGCCUUCCGUCCGGCUUUUCAAUCAGCAGCACAGGGUUACCUACGGGAUCGGGUUCCCAUAUUUUCCACUCUGCCAAACCCUUAGGCUACACCAGGUUUGGAAACAUUGAAGUUGCAAGUACUAAUGUGGAGCCUCCCCACUCAAGGGAAUUCCGUGGACACGCAGGAGCUUUCCAGGACAGUAGUUCAAGAACACCGGUGCAUAACACCCGGCAGUACACCUCUCUCGCUGUCGGAAUACAACCUCCUGGUCUUGCCCGUGGGAUAUCAGAAUCAUCUUCAUCUAUGAAGGCCUAUCAUCCUUUCGUGCACGUUCAAACUUCCCCAAGUACCGGAAACGUUGAAACUGUAGGUAGGCUGACAAACGUGCCCGGCUUAAGCCAUCCACCUAGACUUUCCGAAAAGACCGGAGCGUAUGGCUCCUUCGUCUAUACAAGUCUACCGUCCGGCUUCUCUAUUAGCAGCACAGGAAUACCUACAGGACCUGGAUCAAAGAUAUUCCACGCUUCCACACACAUAGGAGGUACUCCCACAUCUGGAAUAACUGCUGCUGCUGCAAUUAGUAGCACAGGUGCACCUACAGGAGCAGCGUCCAAUGUAGUCCGCACUGCCGAACGCUUCGGAGGUUCUGCCACAGUUGGAGUCAAUAGAGCUACAGGUACUUCUGGGCAACCUUCUUUCCCACAACAAGCCGGUGUACAUACAAUAGGUUUUCCUUCCAGUAGCACAACAGCACAGUUAGAAACUAGCGGUCAGUACGGAGCUCACACCCUCGGAACGCAAAUUCCUGGUUAUGGCAGUGGCAUAAUACAGACAUCUGCGGCCUCAAAGGUCCCUCAUCCUUCUUCAAGCAUUCAAAGCUUUUCUUCUGUAAACACUGGAGCUCUAGGUCCGCUGACAAUGGUACCGAGUUUGAUCAGUGUACCUCAAUAUGCCCGCAGAAAAGAAUCGGUUGAAUCGUUCAUCUCGAAAACUCCAAUAUCUGGCUUUACAAUUAGCAGCACAGGACCGCCUGUAAGAACAGGUUUCAAUAUAUAUCGUCCACACGAACGCUUAGGAGGUUCUUUGGGACCUGGUAUUUUUGCAGCAUCCGUUGCUCCUUCGAGACCUCCCCGCCCCCGUGAAGCGAGUGGUGUACGAGCUCUUACUGCUAGUAGCGCCAGAACCAACUUUGAAAAUCGUGGUCCGUACUUGCCUCCCACCGAAGGCCGACAAACGCCUGGCCUGGCCGGUGGCAUAUCAAGAUCAUCUCCACCCUUAAAGACCUCAGAUCCUUUUGGGCGCAUGCAAGCUACCCGGAAUUCGGAAAACGCUGCAUUUUCACGCCUUCUAUCAAAUGUACCAGACUUAAGUAAUCAACCUCAAUCUUCACAAAGUAACGGAGUAUACGACUCCUUGAUUUACAACAGUCCGCAACCCGGCUUUUCAAUCAGCAACUCACGUACACAUGUAGGAAUGCGUUCUCGCAAUUUCCGCUCAACCAAACACUUGCAAGGUUCCGUUGCACCUGGAAUUAUUGAAGGCAGUGGUACUUUUGGGUGGCCUCUGCAUAGAGGUGAAGUGCGCCAACAUUUAGGAGACAUUUCUACUGGUAACACACGACAGUCGGAAGGCGCACGUCAGUUCCAAUCUCAGUGGCUUGGGAAACAACCAUAUGUCUUUACUGCUGGCAUAUCCCAUCCUCCUGUCAAUUUUAAUGGCUACUCUAACUCAAGAAACGCUAGAGCGGUAAGCCCGUUUACCGGAGUGAACGGCCCAAGUGAAGCUUCUCAACCCACCGAAAGUUCUGCCGGCGGCCGGCCUUCAAGCAGUCCAGCUGGAUACAACAUUUUACCUGGAAGGGCAGUACUUACUAACUUCGGCUUCAUGAGAUCAGCCAACGACGCGGGGCACCCUGUAUUCAAAACUCCGGGUGACAUGAAAAAUUUUGUCAGCUCCGAAUUCCCCGGAGCCACAGGCAUGUUGGAAGUGCAGCCCACCUUAGCUGGAACAGGCAAACCUGAUAGGCACUUCCGUACUAUUAGCGAUAGAAGAAACCUCAACGUAUCCAAUUCGGAAGUCGUGCAAUGGAUGGCUCCCGUUACUCCGGAGUUUAUAACUCUCGCUUUCCCGUCGGCACUCCAACGCUACCGAUUGUGACUGUCCCCAAAAUAACAGAUCUUUCUAAAUCUAUAGGCGGCCCUGGCGGUGCGCCGUUCACCAUAACUGGAGUGGCGAACGAACGGCCAACAAAUCCUAGCUAUGUAUCGGCAUUCAACGGUGGCUUCAAUGUUGAUAGUAGGAAAACAGAACCGGAAGUCAAUUCUGCUUACAAGUAUUUCCCGAGAACAAUUAUUUCUAGUUCUGAGACUCGUAAAACUGAUUCGGACGAACCUGAAAAACGCAUAGGUUUUACAAAUUUUGAGAUUGGCAGACGCCCGCUUAAAUGGCUCAGUAGACAGAGAGGUGCACCUGUACACAAAGGUUUUACAGCCAAUGGCUGGGAAACACCAUCCAUAGAUAGCAGUGGUAAUGAGGCUUCAACCACCAGAACUUCAGCAACUGCCAAUGGCGUUGGUGACUCAACCUACAAACCUGACUAUACAAGCGCUUCCGAAAUAGUCGGAACUAGACGCCGCUUCUUGAAUAUGCCCAGGUUUCAACAGCCAACUAAACCCUCAGGGCGCUUCCUUGCUGCUGGAGGGGUAGCAUACCCUGGAAAUACCGGCGGCUACAGCCUCCAUGUACCUGAAACGCUUCCAUCUUCCCUUAACAAUGGCUAUACAGGACCGGCUCGUAAUGUCGGUUCCAGGACCUACAAUCCUAUUAGAAACUUUAGGGACAUUGCUGGGGACGAAGUUAAUAGAGCUAUAAACGACCUCAGACGGCAGUCCGCACCGGCUAAAACACCUGAGUUCGAAAGAGGAUACCUUAGUGUUUCCAGAAUGCAACCUAAAUUUACUAACGAAUACGAAUUCAUCCCUUACAAUAGACCCUCCAGAAACAUCAUACCCUCCGCCAAUUCACCCAGUGAUAGGGCCUCUACUAUAUUCGAUGCUGCGAAUCGUUUAAAUGAUAGCCCUGGCCCUCAGAAUAUGGAAGCUGGUGGCGGGUGGAAAGCUGGUUUGACCAAUGAUCCGAUAUCCUCAAGAGCUUUCACUGUAGGAGGCACAAGCGAUAUUCUUCCGGGAACUGGCUCAUACAGUUCACCUACCGUUGGGAGGAGACAGUCUGUACUUAUUGGGGGUAGCGAUGGCUCUCCUAACGCAGAGACCACCAUGAAUGCCAUCCUGGACGGACGCUUAAGAGGUUCGAUGUCCAGCUACCCUAGCAAGUACCAAUCUUCAGAGGGUACCUGGGUCCCCUAUUUCCGUAAAGAUAACUCAGGUAGCCGCUCUACUGAUAUCGGCGGCUUUGUUGGAGGCCGUGACGGCGGCCGUGGAAAUACCGACGACACCCGUUUUCUUGUCACCACCGGGUACAGGGCUUUACCCACUGGUGCUGGAGCAAAUGCUGGCUACACCACCAACACUCCACUCUAUCGUUCCGAUGGCUCCUAUGGUUACAUCAGUCAAAGUAACAGCCCUAGUCAUUCUAGUGGUUAUUCAGGUACCAUCGAUAACAGUGGUAACAAAGGUUACCAGCCCUUCUUGCUACCUCGUUCAGCUAGCGUCCCACCUGUCUCCAGCCAAGAGAACAGAGCAUUGAAUCCAAGAGGUGCAUGGCAAGGCAUGAGCUCAUAUCCUGUUUCUGCUACCAAUUAGUGCUUGAAUGUAAACAAACCUAGAUAUCAUAAGCAAGGAACCAAGAAGAUUUUAAAAAUUCCUAGACGGACAAUUCACCAAUCUACCUUGAAAUUACACCAGAAUACAACAAAGCCGGAAUUCCCGCUGGAAUAUGUCACUCUUUUACACGCAUUUAAUGCCUAUUGCUUUCGAGAAUCAUACAUUUUUAUAGAAUUAAAGCAUGCUUGA